CUUGAAAGGAGUCAGAUCUCAAUACGAUGCCAGAUAUGGCUUCAUCGGGCCCAGGGUCGACAGAGUUGACCAUUUCUAACUGUGCCACCCGAUGCCAUGAAUCUUUUCAACAAUGCCUCGUCAAAGCGGCAUCUAUUCAUGCUCGGGAACUGGCCUUGAUAGAAAAUCAGUUUGCAAAAUUCUCUCUCUGGACUGCUUACUUUCAAGUUUUUGGUUCGGGUCGAGACUCAUUGGAUCACCGUUUGCGAGAGUCAUUUGAUGUCCAGGAUGCCAUUAUAGGAGUUGUGGAGGCAUUGAAUUACAGCGUUCUGAAGUGCACUUCGAUCCUUGAGGCAUCCACUCCAGUGCCAUUAGGUAAAUCAUUACCUACUAUAAAUGCAGAUUUCAAUUCAGCUCUUCAAGACAUUACGAAACAAAUUGCGCUCCUUCACAAGUUCUCAGGCAUCAUCCGCAGAGUCGGCAGAGAAACUCAAGAUCUCACGGAUAUCACAGACUUUAAGAUUAAAGACAACAGGGGGAACGACUUAGAACCUGUUUUAAAAGAGGACUUUGCUCGGCACAUACGUAAUCAAUUUCCAAGAGUAAGCGAUACUAUCCAACAACGUCUCGUCAACACCAUGAUUUUGCGACACAAAAAAGUUCUCCAUCGGAGGUUUUGCUGUGGUAAAUUUCCAGACAGAACUCUAAAACCGUCAGAUACUGUGGAAGUAGCAACCCCAUCUGGUUUUUCGGCGUUUGGAAGUGUUGCAAUAGGUGAUUAUGGGGACAUUCCAUUUCCACCAGCCCCUUGUGGCACUAUUAUGCAAAAGUACGACUUGUUGAAGAAACAGCGCCGAGAAGAAUGCAACCUCAACCAAGAAACCGAAAAUUCUGAUCCAGAAAGAGCCAAAAAAUACGAGGAAAUUCUGGAAAAAGACUGGAACGAAAUUUUGGAGGCUGCAGGGGAAAUCUAUUGUCCUUUUUGUUGCUUGAGUUUACCAGCCCGGGACGUUGUUGAUGAGAGCAAGUGGAAGUUACAUGUUAAGAACGAUCUCGAUUCAUAUGUCUGCCUAUUUGAAGGCUGCGAGUCACCCGAGGAAGUGUAUAGCCAUAGCAGUACAUGGCUCAAGCAUAUGUCCUCACACUAUAUGCGAUGGCGCUGUGUUUCUAAAUCUCACGCUGAAUUCCAAAGCAUCACCAAAAGCGAAUAUGUUGACCACAUGAAAGUUGUUCAUCCAGGCAAAUUUACAGAUGCGCAGCUCAAUAUUCUAGCCAUCAGAAAUGCGCGACCAGCGAUUACUAUGUUCAAGCCUUGUCCAUUAUGCGGCAAGAAAGAAUUCGAUGGCAAUAGGGCCGACCAUGUCGCAGGACACUUGCUUCUGCUUGCCCUCAAAUCACUACCCAGUUACGACGAGCACAUAGUGGAGCAGAAAGAAUUGGUAUACCAACAGCCCCAUAUACCUAUGUCGAAUACACAUAGCAAGAGCACUAUCACACAAGAUUCAAGGAAUGAUUCCAAUUUUAUUGUCCAUGUUGCCAGGACUCAAUCCUCAUUCAUCCCGAAAAAAGAAGGAACAGCCAUGCAUCGCUCUGCCCGUAUCCCCCCUGUCAACAAACAGCAUCAAAGGAAUGACGCAACUGCUCAAGAGUUGCAGCGGUGGCAAAAACCGUUUAAUAGUCAACAAGACUCGUUUAUCAAUACCAUGGAUGACGUGGAGUUUAGGCAGCUCAGCUCAGCGAAACAUGCCAGCCAGAACCAUUUAGAAGCCAUGGAUAAGGAUGAAGAGAAAAAGGGAGAUGGGGAAAAAGAUAGGAAUACAGCAACAAAAGAGAUUAAUGAUGAUGUAAUCUGGACGACUUCAUACCACGAACAUGCCUUAGGGCAAGAAGCUCUGCAACAAGGCAACGCUGAGGCUUCACCGAAUUUCCGCGGCCCCGGUCGAACUCUUAAUAUCGAUAUGGCUCCUCAGGAAUAUUUGCGAGAAAUGGAGCGUGAAAGAGACAAUAUGGUUCGACCCAUAUCAAGCUUCGCUUAUGUGGAUGCUGGAUUGGCUCUCCGUAGUGCCGACAACACGGAUUAUACAAGCAUCAUGUCCCAACAUCCAGCUAUAUCAGGGUCCAUCCCCACAGCCAUGACAAGCGAUAGCUCUAUCAUAUCCAAUUCUGUACCAAGUAUAUCUGGCCUCAUGGCCAGAGAGAACUCAUUUGUGCCCAUGGUUGAAAGCCAAGAUUUUGGCGGUGUUGCUCAGUGUCUGCGAAUGUGGACCGAUUCUUACGAGAAGAGAAAUGCAUAUACAUUGACAGAUUCAUUUUACUGGGAUGACACACGCUUAAUCAGCAAAGGUAUCCCGCUGCUUGAUCGGGAACACAUAGCACCGGCCGAGGGAAGUCCUUCAAGCAUGAAUAUGAACAAUUUUGUUCAGAUUAUGGACAAUUCUAAUGCGACCGAGGCACACAACCAGUGGCCUCUUAAAGCCCUACUUGCGAUGAAUCGGAGGAACAAUGAUCUCGGCAAACUUUCUCAACAACAAUUCACGGCCCGGGCAAAUUUAGUCAUAAAAAGUGACCGUGACUCCAUAUCAUUGGACGAAACUUUGCAUUCUUCUGAUGCAGAUAAUUACGGGCAUAUUGCUAGAAUGGACGAUCGCCUACCGUCUACUACAGUGAAAUCCAUCCUAGAAGAGAUGUCUAAAGAACUUGACGCACUAUACCGACGCAUAACGAUGGAAUCGGACACCAGCAAUCAUAUGUUCGGCAUACUCGACAGCGCAGAUGAAAAUAUAUCGUCUUUGAGCACAUGGGCAGAUGCUGAUAUGCUACAACAGCAUUCUCCUAGUGCCUCUGAUAAACACCGCCUGUUUAUGUGUCCUUACGCAAUGAGAUAUCCAGAUCGUGUAAAUCACAGCUGUUUCCAGAGACUCAAUACCAUUCCAUAUCUAAAACAACAUCUAAGGCAAAGCCACCAUGAUACAACCAACUGUCCUCAUCAGUGUCAGAGUCGACAACCAGAGACUACAUCUCGACGAAGCCAACUCCACGCCCCUCUAUGUUUUGACUCAAAUGUAUGCCUUCAAAUUAACAAGGAACGAAGUGAUCGAUCAAAAACAUAUAGACAACAAUGGGAAAGGAUCUAUCAAGUACUUUAUCCCGAAGCCGAUCGCAUACCUGAUCCAUACAUCGGAGAAUUGGCAGUUAAGCGACUCAGAAGUAUCUUUCAAUUUAUGGAAAACCAUGGCCUCAAAUAUCUAACAUCAAUAUAUCCUCCAAAGUUGGUAGAUCCAGAUGCAGAAGUUAUGUACCAAACAGCUUUCUGUAAAUGGUUACCUUUGGUCUUUGAAUGGAGAUUUCCUCCCCAAGGUCAACAGUUAUUAGGCGACUUUCUAAACCAGAUAAAUUCUGCGCUGUGUGGCAACUAUUAUAGGCUUGCAUAUCCCUCUGGAGCAAGUCGACAGGAUGUGCUGCAUUUCUCAAGCGCAUCCCAGACGGGCCAGCAUGAUACCUUCUAUAACACAGUAUCACAACAUGGCACCAUGUUUAGCCACCAUCCGCCUCGUCACACAGAUUCCUCAACUCUUCCGCCGCAACAACAGAUUCCCUCUCGAUCUUCGAUGGAAGGUUCUUUACAUAGAACACACUAUGAUUCAUCUUCAGACAUGCCCAGCUACACCAAUACAGUCCAGCUUCACGAAAACAUGGAUUCGGUUACACUAAUCCGCGAUGAGAGGCUAUCUGAGGGUCAACAUAACAUUCAUCAUUUCUUGUUUGCCCCGCGCAAUUCGAUGCAAGGUAGCCGCUCUCACUUUGCAGCAGAACCCCCCGUUAACAUGGAAGGGAUUGAGACUUCCCAAAUGGGGACUUGGAAAUCUCCAUUUUAAUAUAAAGCAGGAUUCUAUGAGUAUUUAUCUGCGUAUAUUUUCUAUCUUUCUCUUUCCUAGAUAUAAUUAUAGUCAGCUUGUAUUUCAUAUGAUACCCUUUCAUUUUAUUUUCCUUAGCUAUAUUUUGCUUUUUGAUAGAUCAUUGCUCCGCAGAUAUUGCAUUACAGGCCUUUUUUACGCAGGCCACAUGGAGAUGGAGAAUAGAUACUUCACUCCUCACUCGAGCAGACAUUUCAUUAGUCCCGAUGCAUGUGAAUAUUAAGCAAGACCAUUAUUUCCUAUCGUUUAGGCAGAAAACCACAGAAUAGCGUAGAACUCAG